AUGGCAACGUUCGUGUCAGCGGCAGCAGCGCGGCCGGCCGGCACGACGGCGGUGUUCGAGGAGGGGCGGCACGACGUGCAGGUGGAAACCGUCCAUCCGUGCCAGGCCAAGGGUCUCCCCAAGCCGCUCUUGGUGGCUGCCCCCAAGGACCCUGGGAGCUAUCCCGUUAUCGUGUUCCUGCAUGGCUGGAAUAUGUACAACAGCUGGUAUCAGAACCUACUGAAGCAUGUCGCCUCUCAUGGCUUCAUAGCUGUGGCACCGCAGCUUUACGUCUUCUCGAUCCUGACUGUUGUCAACAUGGAUGACAAGAAAGACAUAGCUACGACGAAGCAAGUAACCAACUGGCUCGCCGAUGAGCAGCAGGGGCUCCUCUACGUCCUCAGCAACAUCCUCAAAGUCGACGGCGUGAAGCCCGACCUGUCCAGGCUCGCGCUGGCCGGGCACAGCCGAGGCGGCGACACAGCCUUCGCUGUGGCGCUGGGGCUCAAAGGCAAAGGCGACGAAACCUCACUGGACCUCAACUUCUCUGCCCUCAUUGGCGUUGACCCCGUGGCCGGGCUAGCAGAGUGGCUACAAGUGGAGCCCAAGGUCCUCUCCGGCUCGUUGAUCAACCCACGGAUGCCGGUCCUCGUCAUCGGCACUGGGCUGGGCCCGGAGGGCAACAUCCUACCUCCGAGCCUCCCCUGUGCACCGGCUGGUGUGAACCAUAUCAAUUUCUACAAGGAGUGUGCGCCACCACGGUACCACUUCACCGCCAAGGAUUACGGGCAUCUGGACAUGCUGGAUAACGAUGUUCCGCUGCUCGUUGACUGCAUGUGCAAGAGGAACCCGGAACACACCAAGGAGCUUGCCCGGAGGACCAUGGGGGGACUCAUGGUGGCCUUCUUGAGGGCCAUGUUGGAGGAUAAGGAUGAGGAUCUCAACACCGUGCUCCAGAACCCUGACCUGGCGCCCGCUGUUCUGGACCAAGUGGAGUAUGAUUUGGCUUGAGAUUAAUUAUAAACUGGUAGA